AUGUCGGAUAAGAAUAAUCAGAACGCCAAAAGCAACUCGAGCAGCAACACAGGGCAAUCCGCGUUUCCUUUCGGGUUUGAGUUUCCGGAGGAAAUGGGAAUCCGAAGCAUGGAGCAGCUUAUGGCCAUGAGUCCAUUGCCGGGAAUGGAGCGUGAUUUCCGAAUGGCUGUGGAUACCAUCCGUAGUAUCGCAGAAACCGACUUCUCCGUGCACAUCGACCUAAACAAUGUUUGCGGACACGCAGCUCCGGGCGUUGAGAUGAAGUGAGGAACUUUAACAGGGGAAACUGAAACUGAAAUUUCUUUAGGGAAGGCUUCUGUCCAGCAUGUUACGAGUCGGAGAACAUCGCCGAGCUUGUUAAUCUUCUUGAUAUGAUCGAGUAAGGAAAAUCACUUGUUGGAUGGCUUUAAAGUUAAAAUUUUUCAGUAAAUUCGACGACAAAGAUAUUUCCGAAACAAAGAAGCCGUCGACUUCUUCCGAUGGACAAGGAGCCAGCUCUUCUAGAGCUUCAUCAUCUUUGGUCCCUUCCAUGGGAACAGAGGGCGAUGCUCCCCCUCCAAAGAAGGCCAAGAUUGACAAGGAAGAGCCCAAGAAGGUCGAGAAGACGAAAACGUCGGAAUCUUCCACGCAGAAGAACUAA